AUGCCACAUUCACCGCUUCGAGGAAAUUUUUCGGCCGAAAUCAGCUUCGAGUUCGACCGGCGACGGCGGCUGCGAUCAUGUGGGGGCGGCACCGCCAAGGAGCGGCGUAUCGUUCGACGGCUGCUCGCGAUCGUGCCUUCUGCGCUGCUGCUGCCGGAUGCGCUUGAUGGGAGAAUUCACAUUGGAAAAUUUAAAAACCAAUGUGGUGGAGUUGCUCGAAAUAUCUGCGAAAGUCUCUACAAAAUAGGUUUUCCCUCGCACUUUGUAACAGUUUUGGGGAAAGACGAGGCAGGGGAAAAACUCAAAAGUUCUAUACCAGCUUUAUGCCGGGAUGACUUAAAAAUAUCAUCUGAAGGGAGAUCAGCACAAUGCAUUGUCGUUUUCGACGAAAAAAAGGAAUGCAAAUUUUUGAUGGGAGAUUUGGAUAUACACAGUGAAAUAAAUGCGGAAAUGAGAAUGUGGAUAAACUAA